ACAUUUCCCGUCGUCCCUUGGUGUCCGUGGAGAAUUGGCUCCAGGACUCCCUCCCUCCCCCCGGUCUCUUUCAGAUACCCAAAUCCACCCAUGCCAAAGUCCUCCAGUCUGCUCUCCGUAUCCGUGGUUGGGUCAAAUCUAUAGAUGUGGAACCCGCAUAUACGGAGAGCCAACUGUAAUUUGUCCUUAAGGAGUGAAAGGGAAGCAAUGCAGAAAUCAGAGGGCUCUGGAGGUACACAGUUGAAAAACAGAGCAACAGGUAACUAUGAUCAAAGGACAUCAUCAAGCACACAGAUAAAACACAGGAAUGCAGUUCAGGGAAGCAAAUCCUCAUUGUCAACCAGUUCUCCAGAGUCUGCAAGAAAACUUCAUCCUAGACCAAGUGAUAAACUGAACCCUAAAACAAUUAAUCCGUUUGGUGAACAGUCACGAGCGCCUUCUGCAUUUGCAGCUAUUUACUCUAAAGGAGGUAUUCCUUGCAGAUUGGUACAUGGUUCAGUAAAACACAGAUUACAGUGGGAAUGUCCUCCUGAAAGUCUUUCAUUUGAUCCACUUCUUAUUACUUUAGCUGAGGGUCUGAGAGAGACUAAGCAUCCAUACACUUUUGUGUCAAAGGAGGGUUUUAGAGAAUUACUUUUGGUCAAAGGUGCUCCUGAAAAAGCUAUUCCUUUGCUACCUAGACUGAUUCCUGUGCUAAAGGCAGCUCUGGUCCAUUCGGAUGAUGAAGUGUUUGAAAGAGGAUUGAAUGCUCUAGUUCAGCUAAGUGUCGUUGUUGGUCCUUCUCUAAACGACCAUCUGAAGCAUCUGCUUACAAGCGGGAGCCUUAGCAUCAUCAAAUCUAAAAUUCCAACAUACUGCUCCAUAUGCUGUUGAAGAAGGGAGCCAACAAAAAUUGUUUUUUCUACCUGUUGACGUGUCAAGCACUGACCGUGGGUACUCAUUUAUUUUAUUCUUUUGUAAAUCACAGCCACCAUUCAUUAUUUACUAGGUUAAGAUGAAUAGACACUGAAUCAAAGUUAUUCAUCAACAAAAAAGAACAGUUACUAAUGGAAAGUUAUUAAAAUAAGUUCUAUAAGAGUACAAUUUUGAGGUUUAUUUUUUGUAUUUUUAUUAUUUGUGCGAAGAACCAUUACUGAGUUUGCAAGAUAAGAUGUAUUUGUAUUUUCUAGUGUCUUUUUAUUUAUAACACUUUUUUGGCAAUCAGUUUGUAGCUGUGCCCUUAUUUUUAUAGAUAGUUUGCCAUUUCUUGGGUUUAAUGUUUAACAAGGCUAUAGAAAUUUAAAAUAGUGGACAAAUGUUUGUGAAUACACUUUUAAAAAAUUGUUUUAAAAGAGAAAAGCGGUCUUGCUUUGUUGCCCAGACUGGAGUGCAGUGGCAUAAUCAGCAUAAUCAAUCAUAGCUCACUGCAAGCCUCAAAUUUUUGUGCUCAGAUGAUCCUUUCAUCUCAGCCUCCUGAUUAGCUGGGACUAUAGGCGUGUGCCACCAUGCCCAGCUAAUUUUGAAAUUUGCUUGUAGAGAGAGAUGGGAUCUCACUUUGUUGUCCAGGCUGGUCUCAAAAUUCUGGUGAGUGAUCCUCCCACAAUGGACUUCCAAAGUGCUGGGAUUACAGGCGUGAGCCACCAUGCGUGGCCCCAUGAAUACACUAUUAAUAUUGUUUGUAAAUAUGUAUUUUAUACUGUACAAUGCUUGGAAAAUUUUCAGAGUAUUCUAGUUUAAAAAUUUUUUUCUAAUUCUGUAAAUUCUAUUGCAAGUAUGUUGUUUAUACAACUCAUUACAACUACCUAAAUUUUAGGUGUUAACUGUAUUUAAGUAAAUGUGUUAUAUUUGCAUUUCAUAGCCAGAAAAUACUGAUGUUCACUUAAAGAUAUUCAGCAAUUAAAAUGUUAAAACUUGUACAUGCAUUCAUUGAUUUUGUUGUGCUUAUGUUUAGCAAUUUUUAAGAAGCUUUUAAAAUAUAGUAUAGACAUAGUUCAGAAUUUUGAUGUAAUAGAAGCAAUUCCCUCUGGCUACAACAGCUGCCUGCCUGCUGGCCUUGCUUUUACCUGUUUUCAUUGCAUUGAGCACCAUCCAGAGCUAUCUGCCAUCUAGAAAGUACUGUAAGAAAGAUUUAAUUAAUUACAAAAUUUCUUGGAAAAGACCUGUAACAUAGACAGUAGAGUUAUAAACAUUUUAUUUUGCUUUUAUUUUUUCUUUUUGAAAUACAAAAUGUGCACAUUGAGUUUACACAAACACGCGAUGGCAAAUUUCAGUGUACAUGUAUUGUACUACUCUUAAUUUCUACACUGGUGAUAGCAGGGCAGCUUUCAACAUCCUAUCUCUACACCAGAAUAGAUACCUGAUUUAUUGUUGCAAAGACAGUUGCAAAUUUCCUCCUUCUGUAGCCUCUUGGUCUUUGUGAUAUUUCUACAAAACAGGGACGAUGUGUGUGGCUUUAGUAAUGUGGCAACUUUACAGUUUUGGCUAAGAUGAUUAAAAAUAAUCUGAAUUAUUAUGAUGAGCUAAAUCAUACUGUAAUCUGGAUUAUUUGUUGAGCACUUAUUUUCUACUAAAUCUUGGUAGUAGGGUAGUAGUUGUCAAUGUAAUGGAACCACUGGUGCUUUCAAAGUGAAUUUUGUUUGCUGUUUGUUUGUUCCUAGUAGACAGUGGGGUAGUCAAGGUUUCUUUCUUUGUCCCUGAAUGGCUUGUAAUAUAAAUAAACAUGCUGUAAGGAAGUCAGGGGAAAGAGGACAGAUUUGGCCUUUAAUGCUGUUAGGAUUACUUGUUAUUAAGCAUUACUAUAUACUAUUACUAUAUACUGGAGGAUAGAUAAUCCUGACCCUUUGCAUAUGUCUGUAAACAUCCUUGUUUUGUUUGAUGCCUUCUUCAACUUCCACUUAAUGAUUGAUACAAUAAGAUUGAACAAAUCCAAAAUUAUUAUAUAGGCCUUGGCUGUAACAUAUUAUGGAAAAUUAAAUGCUUAUUAAAAUAAGUUUUAUUAGGCAUAUGCUGAUAUCUGAUAAUAAACUAAUUUUUAAACUAAUUUUUAAAUGUUUAAAAAUGCCAGAUAAAAUUAAUUAAUUUCUAACAGAAGGUGGGAAGGCCAUAGAAACUGGAACUAUGUGUUUUUUAAUUGUAAUCUUGUUUACUUAAAAAAGUAUAUAAAUGGAAUUACAGCAUUCAAACAUGAAAAUUAAUUUCUGGAAAUUAAAUGCAGAUGUCACUAUAUUUAUAUUAGAAAACCAUUCAAAAUCCUAGGACUGAAUACAUAUCUAGGACUGAAUACAUAUAAAUGAGUAGCAAAAAACACUGAUAUUUUAAAAUCACUGAUAUGUGAAAGCCUCAAUAAUCUCAUGGCUAAGGAACCAAUAAAACUAUAUGCCAGAUUCUAUUACUUUUGAAUAUUCACAGAGUAUGAAAUGAGUUAGACCAUCCCAUGAACUCAGUGGCAUUAUGACAUGAACUCAGUGGCAUUAUGAAAAGGAUGCAGAUUUAUAACUGAAAGCUCAAAUCUUUUGGGGAUUGCUUUAUAUUAAAACAAAGCUUGUUUGCAUAAUAUGCUUCAGUGUCAAGCUGAGCAAUCUAUGCUAAAAGUGGUAGCUCCAGCUUUAAGGGUGGUAGAAUAGUUCACAUUUGUCUGUUGGAUUCAGGAUCUAUUUGACAAGUUAAAUCACAUUUUCAAAGAGCUGCAUGGAGCGCAUUAUGUUUUCAUCCUGUAAGGGAGAAACAUAGAGCGAUUAAAUUCAGCAUAUCUACAAGGAAAAGUACACUAUUUUGCCCCUGAGUAUUGCCUCCUCCCAUCAACCACCUCAACCACCUAUGCCAAAAGCUCAAAUAUUAAGUGUUUGCAAAUGUAAAUGCCAUUCUAUCCAUUUUCCACAUAGAUGACUAUCAUAGAUGACUAUGAAGGACCCAUUUUAUAUUUUGUGGAGUCUAUUGACCAGGCAUUAAACCACUUUAUUUAAAUCUUUACUUGGUAUUUAUUAAUAGAGGAUAUUUCUCAAAUCAUAAUGCCAAAAUGGAAACUACAGAGGCGCAGAGGUAUGUCAAAGCAAAUGAGAAUUUUGGCAUUCUGUGUAGAUCACAGGCCAAAUCACACAGACUUUUAUACAGGUACAAGGAAAAUUUGUGUGUAUGAGCCAGCAGUUCAUGAAGAUUGGAGGCUGGCGCAUAGGAGGCAGGGUGGUGGAUUAAGAGGUAACAUGUUUGCAGUAAUCAUCUCUCUCUCUGUCUGCUAGUUGUGGCUAAAUCUGCAUGGCCUGAAGGAGCCUUUAAAAAUGAAUGGUCUCUCAAUUACAGAGAAAGAAUUGGGGAGCAGAAACCGCUGCUCAGUGGCUGUGUUCAGUUUAGCAUAUUCUUUAGAAAUGAGUUAGGGGACAGACUUUGGGCAUUAUUGGAGCACUUGUCAGUUGCAUGUGAAUAGCACUUACUGAGCUGUUUAUGGUAGUGGUAAAUGGUGGCUGAACCUGGUGGCUGAACCAAUAAUGGCUUCCACUGCUAGAAACCAAGUAACAUCACUGUCAAGCAGCUUAAUGUCACCAAAUUAAUUCUCUCAAAGACCACCGCAUGGAAAUCCAAGUUGAGAGACAAGCAGACAUCCAGAAAUGUAAGAACAACAAUUUAAAAAUAAAGAGAAAAACUAAAGAAACAACGGAUUUCUUUGUUUUCAGGAUUAUUUGAAAAAUUCUUUUUUUCUUUUUUUAUUUUUGAGGCAGAGUCUAUUUCUGUUGCCCAUCAUUCUGGAGUGCAGUGGCACAAUCAUGGCUCGACUGGGAUCAAGUGAUCUUCCUGCCUCAGCCUCCCAAGUAGCUGAGACUUCAGCCAUGUGCCACCGUGCCCAGCUAACUUAAUUUUUUUUUUGUAGAGAUAGGGUCUUGCUAUGUUGCCCACAUUGGUCUCAAAAUCCUGGCCUUAAGUUAUCUUCCCGCCUCAGCCUCCCAUAGUGCUGGGAUUACAGUUGUGAGCUACUGUACCAGGCCUUAACAAUUUUUAACUGUGGUUCUGCCCACACAUCAAGUCAAAUAAUUCUAAGUAAGCUAACACUGGUUUCUUUGAUAACAGGCUACUACCUGGAGUUCUCUUCAGAGAAAAUUUUCCACUGUUUAUUUUUUGUGACUGAAGACCAUUAGUGAGUUCAGUCAAAGAGCCAUUUCUUGUCCACAUACACUAAAAUCCACAUACACUAAAACAAUGACUUUUCUCUUAGAAAUCAGAUAGAAGCUUGGCCUGUUGUGAUGCAUACUUGGCUAUCUAGGAAUUCUAAUGCUAUGGAGAUAUGAUAGAUAAUAUAUGAGUUAUGCUAAGUUUGGGCAAAGAGCAAUUCAAAUCUCAUGUAUGUUUUAUCCUCCAUGAAUACUCUCUAAGGAAUUUGGGAAUCAACACAGUACAUGUACAACUUUUGUAUCCCCAGGGUUUCCUCCAUAGCCUGACUCAGUAGGCACUCUAAAUGUUGAUUAUGUAAUUGGUGCUUGUUUUCAGAGUGGUAGGCUUAUGCUGCAUGUUGUAGAAGUGGUAAACUUAGGCAUAUGAUCUCUAUAUUUCGCCCAGUUCAUGGUAGAUAGCUGCUAAUACUCAGUUUAGCUGUUAUGAUGAUGAAUUGAUAGUUAUUACACUUUCAUUACUUACUUUUUGGCAGCUUUCAAUGAACUCAUCUAUGGUAACAACCCCAUCUUUAUUUUUGUCCAUUUUCUG